GGGUGAMGCCACAAUCACGAAGAUCCCUCGAGAAAAUUUAAGGCACGCCUCAUCCAGGGGUUAUAAAUUGCGUUGUCAAAUCAGCCAAAGGAGACAGAAAAUUGAAGAUUUUCUAACAAUUAUGGCCAAAUUUUUUGCUAUUUUCGUUGCUUUGUUGGGCUUGGAAAUUUCUGGCGGAACUUCUUUGAAAAACUCUCUAUCAUCKGGAAAAACAGUGCAAAAUUCCAAUGAAUCGGCGUGGAAUCAAAUCUCUGUCACGUGGCUUAAAUGGAUUCAGUUGCCAAUGACAACAAGUCAAGCUGGAAAAGAGGGCUGGGUACGAAACAAACGAUGCAACAAUCGGAACUACUUCAGAGGYAAUCGAUACAUACUCGGGAAUGACCGAGCAAUCAUGCUGCUUUACGACGGAGCGGACAAAGUUAUUGGAAUCCAGGGAGGGAUCUCAAAGAAAAAGAUGUCGCGAAAAKUGUUACCCUGGAAACGCGAGAAAGGCUAUUACGUCAUCACAGCUUACUUCCAGGACCCGGUUUCCGUCUGCUCGAGUAAUCRGAGUAGYMUUGGGAACCAGCUUUUGAUUCAAAAUGGGUCUUCCGCAAGCUAUAUCAAAGUACCUAUGAAGGAGCAAAGCCUUAUGGGAACAAAGUGGGUCAAGGGUGGCUGCUUUUGGUCAAUGGGUCAGAUUUACUGGUACGACAUAUCAACCCUAACUGCAUGCCGGGAUCUUUUCCCAGUCUUCCUGCUGUAUAAUAACGGACGGCUAAAUGGGUUUGGCUGGGCAGUAGCGGAUAACGUUACCAGCACUACGUACGUACAUGCAACGUCCAACUCAUUUAAGUAUCUUUUCAAGAAUGGGAGCAUGCCUGAAUGUAUAAGGACCACUGGCCAGUUGUCAAUGCAGCACAUAUUUSUUGACAAACAACCAUUUUUCAAUCUUUGUUGAGUCUUUCAAUCGAAAUAAGAUACACUUGUACAUAAGAGUUUUAUAACGUAAUUUUCACUAGUUGACUUCACGAAUUGGACAUUCCGAAAUUCAAAAGGAGACUGGGAACGAGUGUGAAAAUAUUACAUUCAUCGAAAACUGAACCUCACCACAUGAAAGACCACACUAAAAUAAGGGUUCUUGUCAAGUUUGAGCAUAUUUGGUUGAAUAUAUACUCACCGAGCAGGAUUUUUUUGGAAUUUGUAAAAAYAAGAGAGAAUGCAUGGUUUUUGGGGACGCUGCUCAAAACCUCCAUUUCUUUGUAAUUUUUUCGAGUUUUAAACGCUUGAAACUCUGUAAUUAUUAAUCCGAAUACUCUCAAACUCAGCAGCUUUACUAAUUUUAGUAUGCUCUUUCUUGUCCUGGUGUUUCUU